AUGGCAAAGAGGUUGGCAAAUCCUGUAGCCGUCAAGCGUGUAAAAAAACGAUGUUCACAUCUCAUCCACACACCACCACCUACCUCCUCCCUCUCCGCCUCCUGCCCCUUCCUCCCACCCCCAUCCCCAUCCCCAUCCUCCUUCGCCUUACCCCACCACCCCGACCUCCUCGACCUCUACCUCCCCACUGACCCCUUCUUCGCCCCGCCCCCCAUCCCCUCCCGGCACGCCUUCCUCCUGCACGACCUCACCGACCGCGUCGCCGCACUCGAGCUCGCGGCCCGCGCGGCCGCCCCGCAGCCGGCGCGCCGCAAGUACACCUACGCGGCCACGGAGCCCGGCAGCCGGAAGGUCAAGUGGACGGCGGAGGAGAAGCCGCCCGGCGGGGGCCGGGCGCUCAAGUGGGAGGCGGAGCUCGCCUCCCGCAACGACGACGGAUUCGACCGCAAGUGGAGGUGGGAGGUCAAGUCCAAGGGCGGCGCCGGAGGCAAGACCAAGACCAAGUGGGGCACCGAGAUCAAGGGCAAAGGCUCGCUUGAGCCAUGGUCGUAUGCCUACACCUGGGAGGAGGACUUCACCGCCUCCGACGACGACGAGGAUGAGCUGGAGGUCGAGGAGCGCAGGCCGGAGAAGCCCAAGAAGAUCAAGGCCGCCGCCAAGGACAAGGAGGAUGACAAGAAGAAGAAGAAGCCGGCGAGGACGUGCAUCCAGAUCGAGGAGAUCCCCGAGGACAACACCGCCGGCUGCGACGCCAUCCGCAAGGCCUUUGCCAUGGGGAACGGCAAGGGGAAGGCCAAGGAGUUGUCGCCGCAGGAUGCCGUGCUGCUCAUCCAGAUGAACUACAGGGCGCACCUCACCCACCGCUCCCAGGUGCUCAGCUGCCUGCGCGAUCUCGCCGUCGCCAAGGCCAAGCUCAAGGAGCUCCGGUCCCUCUUCUACAACCUCUCCUACAGGCGCCGCCUCUCGCACGACCACGAGGAGCGCCAGAGGUUCUCCGAGAAGAUCAUUGUCCUGCUCCUCACUGUCGAUGCGCUCGAGUCCAUGUGCGAGAAGAACGGCCAGACCCCUCCGCCGAUGCCAGUCAUUGCUCCGGCGGGCACGCGUAACUCCCGGCAAGCAUCGACCGAUCCUUCUCCGUCUGCCACUAGCGCGACCGGACCUACACCUACACCUACACCUCCGUGAUGACGAUUUGCUUAAGAUCACGGAAGCUUGGGUUGAUGGAGUUCUUGUAUUUAGUUUUUGUUUCGACUUUGUGAAACUUGCUACCUAUGGAUGAAACUGUGUAAUAUUGAUGAAACUAUGUAUAUGUACGGAUGAAACUUGCUGCUAUUGGUAACAUGUAUUGGAUAUAUGUGUUCAUGACUAUUGGUAAUAUGUGGUGAAUAUGCUAUAUUGGUCAUA